AUGGAGAAUAACCUGGAGGAACUGGAGCUGCUGAAGACCCGAAGUUGUGCUAGGACACAGAUCCUGUCUUUAGGUGCUGGCUUUGACUCUUUAUACUUCCGCUUGAAGGACGCGGGUCUUCUGAGUCACACUGUGGUCUGUGAGGUGGAUUUUCCAAAUGUGGCAUACCAAAAAGCUGCUCUGAUUAAAGGAAUAAAAGAGCUGUUCUCCCUGGUGGGAGAUGCUGGAGGAGAAGAGUUAGGUAUCACCAUUGCCUUUUCUGGAAAGGAUUAUAAGUUACUAGGAGUAGACUUAUCAGAACUGUCUAAACUGGAGAAAGCCCUGCAGGAAGCAGGACUGGACAACGAAAUCCCCACCCUUUUCUUAGCAGAAGUGGUGCUCACCUACAUGGAAAAUAGCAGGUCAGAUGCCUUGAUACAGUGGGCAGCAGAGCAUUUUUCUCAGGCCUGUUUUGUGCUGUAUGAGCAGAUGCACCCCGAGGACCCCUUUGGGCAUGUCAUGCAGCAGCAUUUUAGCCAGCUGAAUUCUACCCUUCACUCCUUAGCACAGUACCCUGAUCAUGAGACACAGCGGAGGCGCUUCCUACAAAAGGGCUGGAGUGAGUGCAGCGUCAUGGACAUGAAUGAGUUUUUUACUUUUUGUGUUCCUGAAGAUGAGCAACAAAGAGUGCAGGCUCUAGAGCCUUUCGAUGAAUAUGAGGAAUGGCAUCUGAAAUGUUCUCAUUAUUUUGUCUUGACUGCAGCAAAGGGGAUGAAGCCUUCCUGGACUCCUUUGUUAUUGAACAUGGGAGUUCCUUGUGGUGAUGGUCCUGUCAGAGUGUCUGAAAGUAUCACUGUGUCAGCAUGUGGGAUGCACUCUGAAGCUGCUGGUCUGAGACGUUAUGGUCACCGCUCUGCUCUUAUAAAACCCAAUGUCAUUCUCACAACUGGAGGUUUUGGGGAGGAGGAUGGACAGCACCGUCGUAUGAGAAAUUUCCAUGUCCUAAUUAAGCAUGAAGGCUGCUGGAAAGCUGGCCAUGUGAAAAAGGAGAACGGUGGUAAAAUAUGUGAUGGGCGGUUGUACCAUACUGUGUCAUGUCUCUCGAACAGCCUGGCCCUGAUGGUAGGAGGACGGACAUCCCCGUCAAGCGCAGCUGUGGGAAUGCUGUGGCUAAAGUUCCCAGAGAGCAGUACUGCCUUAGACUCACAUGACUUUACAGUGGAGCUUGUAGACCUGCACACUGUUGCUGAACCAGCUGUUUUGCGUUGGAGACACAGUGCAACUGAAGUCAUGUUCAGAGGUGAAAAGUACCUGUUUAUAUAUGGGGGCCGUACUGCUACGCAGCCUGUGCUGUGGGACUGGCAUUUUCUGCACGCUGAAGAACUUUCCUGCUCUGUGAUUCCUGUUGAGGGUCCAGUACCGGAAGGCCGUCACUCUCAUAGUGCUUGUACCUGGAGAGGAGGAGUGCUUAUUGCAGGAGGCCUGGGAGCAGCUGAGCAGCCUUUAGGCUCAGUUUUCUUUCUCAGAAAGAUUGAACAUGGCUUUCAGUGGCAGACAGUAGAGAUGCACCCUCCCCUUGUCCCAAGGUAUUCACAUACAGCACAUGUGCAUGAGGAAAAACUCCUACUUGUUGGUGGAGUGUGGUUUCACUCUUCCUCUGUGCCAGGCAUCACUGUCAUUGACUUAAUGACUGGUCUUUGCACGGACUAUAUGAUUAGUGUGGAGCAUCUGGAGUGGCCACUAAUGUUACAUAAUCAUAGUAGUGUCUUUCUGCCAGACGAGAAAGAGUUGUUGCUCAUUGGUGGUGGUGGGAACUGCUUCUCCUUUGGGACACAUCUCAACGCAGAGCCUGUCUCCUUGAACCUCAGCAACAUCCUGACCAGCCACUGACAGGAAACAAACAGGACUGAGCUGUGCUGCUGCACUAUGAUGAGACAUUCACUUCUAGGUCCAAGAGCAGCAACAUGUUUCCACAGCUUUU